AUGGAAUUCUUUAACAUCAUUGACGGCAAGCCUCGUACAGCUAAGGAAUUCCGACAAGAGUCAGACCCUCGCACCGAGGAUAAACUAUGGGAUGCCCCCGUCGCGACGGUGCAGGACCUCGAUGAUGCCGUCGCUGCAGCCCAGAAGGCGUUCAAGACGUGGAGAUGGAGCACCGUUUUCGAAAGGCAGAAACUCAUCCAGGCUGUCACUGAUCUGGUGACCGAGAACCUGGAGCUCCUAGCCGAGAUUCUCAUGAAAGAGACGGGCAAGUCGAAAUUGUUGGCGACAAUAGAGGUGGAGAGGGCAGCCGCGCACUACAAGUACUACACAAAGGUGGCCCUAGAAGACGAAGUCCAGUUCGAAGACUCGUCCGUCAAAAUCCUCGCCACCCAUGCCCCCUACGGCGUUAUCGGCGCCAUCUCGCCGUGGAACUUCCCCCUGAUCCUAAGCACCAUCAAAGUCGUGUCCGCUCUAGCGACAGGCAACUGCGUCAUCAUCAAGCCAUCCCCUUUCACGCCCUACACCAUGCUCAAGUUCUGCGAGCUGGCGCAGUCGAUCUUGCCCCCCGGCGUCUUCCAGACGCUCAACGGCGGAGCCGACCUCGGUGAGAAGAUGACGCUGCACCCAGGAAUUUCGCACAUCAGCUUUACGGGCACCAUUGGCGUCGGAAAGCGCAUCAUGGAGAAUUGCGCCAAGUCGCUGAAGAAGAUGAUUCUUGAGCUAGCAGGGAAUGAUGCCGCUGUUGUGUGCGAGGACGUUGAUCUGGCGGAGGUGGUGCCUAAGAUUGCGGAGGGGUGUCUGUAUCACGCGGGUCAGAUGUGUGUGGCUACGAAGCGGGUGUACGUGCACGAGGAGCUGUUCGAUCAGUUUCUGGAGAUGUUAGGUGAGGAGGUCAAGAAGUUCGCGCCGAGUACCGAUGCGUACGCGCCGUCGAUUUACGGUCCGCUGUCAAAUCCGAUGAACUAUGAGCGGUGUCAAAGUUUCAUCGACGAUUGUCGGAAGAACAACUACAAGAUCGCCGCAGGUGGGGAAAGCAAGAUCAGCGGGAAGGGGUACUGGAUCGCGCCAACGAUCGUGGUUAAGCCUCCGGAGGACUCGCUGGUUGUCAGUGAGGAACAAUUUGGCCCCAUCAUCCCCGUCAUGACAUGGAGUAGUGAGGACGACGUCUUAUCCCGAGCCAACCUCGACAACGCUGGCCUUGGAGCGGUGGUGUACAGCAAAGAUUUAGACCGUGCUCAGAGUCUGGCCCGACGGUUGGAGGUCGGCACCGUCUGGAUCAACACGCCCGCUAUCCCGCAUCAAGGCGGCUUUUUCUCAGGGCAGAAGCAGAGUGGUGUAGGAGGAGAGCUGGGCAAGCAGGGAUUGUUGUCGUAUUGUCAUACACAGUCGAUACUGAUCGCCAAGUAA